ACGUAAGUUGUUUAAAAAAUAUAGUCCAAUUCCGACUUCUUAUACAGAAGAUACGUCUGUAACAAAAAUAAUGUGAAAUUUUUAAUUAUUAUACAGAAUGUACAAAUUAACGCGAUUUUUUGUAAGCAAGGAAGUUUUGAACAAACAAAAAUAUUUCAGUACAGUGGUUAAGGAGGCGAAAGAUCAAAUUAAGCCAUGGAGGAAGAUACCUGGACCCUUAUCUUUACCAAUCAUUGGACAGAUACUACAUUUCCUUCCAGGAGGUUGGCUACACGAUCGCCCUAUUGAAUUGCAAGAGCUACUGUAUAAAAACUAUGGGCCUAUCGUAAGACUAGAUGGGAAUUUGGGUUUCCCCCCAAUUACCUUUAUCUUUGACCCGGAGGCUGCAAUAAGGCUUUUCCGCAAAGAAGAUCCGCUACCUGUCCGCCCUGGAUUUGAUUCUAUAGUAUAUUACAGGAGACAUUUUUACAACAAACAUGAAGAUGAUCCAAUUGGGUUGAUACUGGAUCAAGGCGAAGUUUGGAAAAAAUUACGUUCUUUAGUGAACCCUGUGAUGUUGCAAACAAAAACAAUUAAACUCUACGCGAAUGUCAUGGCGGAGGUAGCAGACGAGAUGGUAGAAAGAUUAAAAUCUAAACGCAACACGCAAAAUAUGAUCGAAGCAAAUUUAUUCACCGAGUUGAAUCUCUGGGCUUUAGAAUCAGUUGGAGUGGUGGCACUUGGAGACCGUCUCAACUGCCUCGAUCCAAAUCUGCCAGAUGACUCUCCUGCAAAGAAGUUGAUAGUUGCAGUCCAUAAUUUGUUCAAAAUAAUGGAAAAGCUAGAUUUUCAACCUAGCCUUUGGAAAUAUGUAACAACUCCAACAUACACCAAAGGAAAUAAAAUAUACAGUGAAAAUUUGAGGUUAAAUGAGUUUUUCAUAGAUAGAGCUAUAGAAACGCUUAAAUCUAAAGAAGAAACUAACGAUAAAGACAAAAGCAUCUUAGAAAAAUUACUUGAAAUCGACCGCAGUGUGGCGGUCACUGUGUCCAAUGAUUUAUUGGUGGCUGGCGUUGACACGUCUGCCAGUACUACUUUGGCAUUAAUGUAUCUUUUGGCCGCAAAUCCAGAUAAACAAAAUAAAUUAAGAGAGGAGAUUGCGUUGAAUGAAGAAAAAAAUCCAUAUCUUAAGGCUUGUAUCAAGGAGGCGCUGAGGUUGUAUCCUGUCGUUGGAGGGAAUUUCAGACAGACCACAAAAGAGCAUGAUGUUUUGGGCUAUAGAAUACCCAAAAAUAUGAAUAUUAUUAUAGGUAAUCAAUCUUUAUGUUUGAUGGAGGAACAAUUUCCGAAACCAAAAGAGUUUAUACCAGAAAGAUGGAUCGUGGAUAAAAAUGACCCUCUCUACUAUGGAAAUGCACAUCCGUUCUCUUAUACUCCAUUUGGAUUUGGCGUUAGGAGUUGUAUAGGUCGACGAAUUGCUGAAUUGGAGAUCGAAACAAUCAUUUCUAAAAUGGUUAAAAAUUUCAAGCUUGAUUGGAUAGGACCACCACCAAAACGGACGCGAUAUUGUGCUAUAAACUAUAUACUUGAGCCUUAUAAUUUUGUAUUUAAUGAUGUCUAAAACAUUUUGUUUCAUUAUGUACAUUAUAUACCUAUGUGUAUUGUAUAUAAAACUUGUGGUUGGUUUUA